AUAGACAAAGAACAGCAGCCGCUUUCAAGGAAUAACGAUUUGAAGAGAAACUUGAAACAUUCAGUGUAACAGUCGGCAGACUAGAUAAUAAAGAUCUUACGCAAUUGUAAAAUUUUAAGUGCUCGAGAAUGGGAUCAAGUACGGAAUGGAAUACUGACACUGCGCAUAUUUUGAAUUUUCAUAAAAAUUUUCUUGGUAUAAUUGGACUCUGGGUAUUAGAUGAUACAAAUGUAUUCUCGAGGAUUCGAUGGUUUUUAUCGACGAUAGUGGAAACGAGUACAUCGAUCACCAUGUCACUAGAAAUGAUUCGACAUUGCAAUGGCCAUGAGGAUGCCAUGGAUGCUUUUGUACAAGGCUCAUCGUCAAUAUCUAGUGUGGUAAAACUGCUUUUGCAUCGCGUAUAUUGGAGACAAAAAUUUAUUUUGGUAAAAUCGGUUAUCCAUGAUUGGACUUACGUGAAAAAUUCUCACUCUCGCGACAUCAUGAUAAAAUAUGCGCGCUUAGGUAAACUAGGCUCCUCGAUAUUCUUCUAUUUCGGUUGUGGCUCGUUCAUAUUCCUCGUUUCCACUGUCGUGUUUGACAACAUCGAUUUGUCUUCUGAAAAACAAAUUUUUAAUGAAACGUACCAAAGAAAACUUAUAUUAACGGCCUAUUGCGUCUUUGGAAAGUAUACAUCUUCUUUCGCUUACUGCGCCAUUGGAGCUUUACAGUUCGUGCAGUUUGUCGUUAACGUCAUUGCGCAGUGCGGGAAUGACGGGUUCUUCUUCGAUCUCACGAUGCACAUGUGCGGGCAAUUUGCAAUUCUCCAGAUGAAUUUUACUGAAUUGGGUUGCGAAGAUUUUUCCUACCGCACUAAACUCGCCACCUUGUUGAAGAGACAUUAUCAACUUAUGUAUUUGUCGCAUUAUUUAGAGAGAACAUUCACCCUGGUCAUCUUGGCACAAGUUUUUAUGAGCGUCCUUGUCCUGUGUGUCGAAGGUAGACAUAUUUAA